CUUCGACCCUAGAGAACAACACCUCCUCAGCUCACACAGCCCUACCUAGACGCCCGUUACCAUGCCCUUUACAGCGGACAAAGACCUCAAGCUAGCCUUCACACCGAACCUCAUCCCAGCCAAGGUUCACUCGGCCUUGCCUGAAGACCUUCACCUCCGACCCCUCGCCCAAGACGACUACUCACGAGGCCACCUUGACGUGCUGCGCGUCCUCACUUCGGCACCAGAUGUCGGCUCAUCAGCAUGGUCAGAGCGCUUCGAUCUCAUGGCCUCACAUCCUGACCACUACUAUCCUAUCGUCAUCGUCUCCAAGUCCACCGACCGCGUCGUUGCCCUUGGAACGCUUUUCGUCGAGUUCAAGUUCCUGCGCGGCAAUGCAAAGGCGGGUCACAUCGAGGACAUCGCAGUGAGCAAGGAAGCGCAGGGCAAGGGACUAGGCAAGAGGGUCAUUGAGGCUUUGACGGGGGUGAGCGAGGGACUGGGAUGCUACAAGACGUUCUUGGAUUGUAGUGAGGAGAACAAGGGCUUCUAUGAGAGGUGUGGAUACGAGUUCAAGGGGGUGCAGAUGUCAAAGUACGCUCCCUCCAGCUGAGAAGACGGAUAGAGCAAUGCGAACAAAGUCAUGCAAACGCAAAGGCGCCGAGUGACUCGUGUGAGAGAGAUGGCGGGGCUGCAGAUGCUGCGGUGUUAAGACAAAAGGUUGCGGUGAUGAGCAUCGUUGCCGCCUCACUGAUCUUCAAGCCACUUGGAAUUGUACUACUUGCAAAG